UUUCUUCUCACAAAACCCUAUCUUUCCUUCUUCAACAGCGAGCUUCCCCAAUUCUUCUGCUUUCACAUCUCAAAUCAUACAAUACUAUCCCAAGAAUGAGGUCGAACCACGCCGCCAUGUUUCUGCCUAGAAUUUUGUCAAAUUCUUCAUCUAAAUUCUCCACUUUUUCCAUCGCUUCUUCACAUUGUCAAUCAUUUCUUGUAAAACCCAGAUUCAAUUUUGAUAAUGUCAGCUGCCAAAUGAGACACUUCUCCGCCUAUCCCAGAUUCGAUUUUGGAUCUAUACGUAAGCCUGAUGAUGCCGUCGCUCUAUUUCGGGAAAUGGUGAGGACGCAGCCGCUCCCUUAUGUUUCUGUUUUCAGUAAAUUGUUGAGUACUGUGGUCAAGAUGAAACAAUACUCUCUUGCCCUUCAUUUGUUCGAUGAAAUGCUUCAAAGAAAUGCUCCUGUAAAUCACUACACGUUGAGCAUUGGGAUUGAUUGCUACUGCCGACUGAAAAGGCCUGAUUUUGGGUUUGCGAUCUUAGGCAUUUUUUUCAAGCGUGGGUACGAGCCUACUGUGGUAACCUUCAACAUUCUCGUGAAGGGCCUUUUGUUUGUUGAAAGGAUCCCAGAGGCAGCUAAAUUGUUGGGGAAGCUGUCGGCCUACCAACUCUGCGAGCCCGAUGAUUAUACGUAUAAUACUAUAAUUAAUGGGUUAUGCAAAGCAGGAGAUAUUCUACAAGCGAUUGAUUUGCUCUGCUCAUUGGAAAAAGGAAAAGGGAGCUGCAAACCCGAUGUCUAUGCUUACAACAUAGUCAUUGAUGGUCUAUGCAAGGAAGGAAAGGUGGAUGAAGCUCUCCAACUCUUCUCCACUUUGGGUGAUAAGGGGAUUUCACCCGAUGUUGUGACAUACAAUUCAAUAAUUGAGGGGUUGUGCAAUAGGAGAAGAAUGGACGAGGCUGAAGACGUUUUGAAGAAGAUGAGUGCUGAUAAGGUCUACCCAGAUGUGUGGACGUGUAAUAUCUUUGUGGAUGCUUGGUGCAGAGAUGGAAAGGUGGAAGAGGCCGAACAUAUGUUGGUAUCUAUGAAGGAAAUUGAUGUUCAGCCCGACAUUGUCACAUACAAUGCAUUGAUUAAUGGAUAUGAUUUGCAAGGGAAAAUGGACGAAGCCGAACGCAUUUUCCAAUUGGCAGUGAGCUCUGGAAUUAAGCCCGAUAUCAUAAGCUACAAUACCUUGAUGAACGGGUAUUGCAAAAAGGGGCAAGUCGAUGAAGUUUCACGUCUUUUUACCAUAAUUCCCUACAAAGGGUUAAAGCGCAAUGUGGUUUCUUAUACCAUAAUGCUAGAGGCCUUAUUCCGUGAAGGCAAAUGUGAAGACGGCUUAAAGCUUUUCAAAGAGAUGGAAGCUCUACAAGUGUCUCCGAAUAUAAAGACUUACAAUGUCUUGCUGGAUGGUUUGUGCGGAGCUCAUCGUAUUGUUGAUGCAUUUUCGUUGUUGCAUACCAUGGAAGAUAAAGGCAUCAUUCCUGACAUUGUGACUUAUAAUAUCCUUAUUGAGGGACUAUGCCAUGAUAAUAAAGUCACACAAGCAAAGGAUCUAUUCGACGAGCUUCCAUCCAAAGGCAUGCAGCAUAACGCCGUAACAUACACAAUCCUUAUCGGUGCUCUUUGUGAAGAAGGACAGAUUGAGGAGGCUAAGGAUUUGAUGAUGCAAAUGGUAAACAAAGGUUGCUUGCCUGAUAGUGUGACGUACAAUGUUUUUGUUCAAGGUCUUCUAAAAAGAAACAAGAAGCAUGAUGCAAUGCCACUGUUGGAAGAGAUGGAGUCAAGGGGAUUCACACUUGACAAAACUACAUAUUCGAUGCUGAUUGAACAUGUGAAAAGAGAAGGUAGAGAUGGUGUUCUAUUUGAUCACGUUAAGAAACUUAAGCCAAAUGACAUCUUUUCUAGUUAGCUGUUACGUUGUGUUAAUUUGUUUUGAUGAUUUUUAAUGCUUCAAUUGUGUGGUUGUGAUGUUUGUUCAAAAUAUGCAAAGGGAAGGUAGAGAUAGUGUUUUAUUUAAUCUAUUUAGUAUGUUGAUUAUCAUCUGCUGUUAGUUUAUGGAAAUUUUGAUGAACAAGUAGAGCUUUUCAAGAACAAGUAGAAACUUGCAAUUGGAAUGUGAAAACUAACAGCAAAAUCAAUUGAUUGGUGUAGAUUGUUAUCAUGUACAUGUUUAUAGGAAUUUCUCCAUCUGCAGAUGGAGAAUGUUUG